ACACGCGCUCGCAUAUAAGACACAAGUCGGGGGGAGAGAGCGUAAAGAUUAUUUCCCUCGCUUUGUAGACUCACAUCAAGAAGACAAAAGAACAAGAGAAGGACUUGAGCUAUAAAUUGCAUUGUCAGUAUGGCACAGAAGGAAAAGUUGCAGUGUCUCAAAGAUUUCCAUAAGGACACGCUGAAGCCGUCUCCCGGUAAGAGUCCCGGCACACGUCCCGAAGACGAGGCGGAGGGCAAAGCACCACAGCGGGAGAAAUGGGCCAGCAAGCUGGAUUUCGUGCUCUCUGUGGCUGGAGGUUUUGUCGGGUUAGGCAACGUUUGGCGUUUCCCGUACCUCUGCUACAAGAAUGGCGGAGGUGCAUUUCUCAUCCCCUACUUCAUAUUUCUGUUUGGUGGAGGUUUGCCCGUCUUCUUUCUGGAGGUGGCACUCGGCCAGUUCACCUCUGAGGGAGGAAUCACCUGCUGGGGGAAACUCUGCCCCAUUUUCACUGGAAUCGGCUACGCCUCGAUCGUGAUCGUGUCUCUGCUGAACAUCUACUACAUCGUGAUCCUGGCGUGGGGUCUGUACUACCUGCUGCAGUGUUUCCAGCACGAGCUGCCCUGGGCUCGCUGCAGGCACAGCUGGAACACCGCGAACUGCGUGGAGGACACCGUCCGCAAGAACAAAACCCUCUGGCUCUCCACCAACGCAGCCAACCUCACCUCGCCGGUCACCGAAUUCUGGGAGAGGAACGUCCUCAGCAUCUCUUCGGGGAUCGACGAGGUCGGCGGGCUGAAGUGGGAGCUGGCACUGUGCCUGCUGGCUGUCUGGAUCAUCUGCUUCUUCUGCAUCUGGAAAGGAGUCAAAUCCACCGGCAAGGUGGUCUAUUUCACAGCAACGUUUCCUUUCCUCAUGCUGAUUGUGCUGCUGGUUCGCGGUGUGACUCUGCCUGGUGCUGCCGAGGGCAUCAAGUUUUACCUUUACCCUGAUCUGACCCGCCUAAAAGAUCCUGAGGUGUGGAUUGAUGCAGGCACUCAGAUCUUUUUCUCUUAUGCUAUUUGUCUUGGUGCAAUGACAUCACUGGGAAGCUACAACAAGUACAAGUAUAACUGUUACAGGGACUGCAUGCUGCUCGGAUGCCUGAACAGCGGUACCAGUUUCGUGUCAGGCUUUGCCAUCUUCUCCGUCCUGGGGUUUAUGGCUCAGGAGCAGGGAGUGGCCAUCGUCGAUGUGGCCGAAUCAGGUAAUGCUCAGGGUCAAAGGUCACCAACCUGCUCACACAGAACUCUUGGAAUGAGAGGGAGAAAGAUCAUUUAUGCACUCAUUCCUGAUGUGAAACUUCAUCUCUCUGCGGCUGUGCGCCAGCGACAGUGCCCCAAUGCUCACAUAUCACGAGACGCUGAAAGUAUUCCAGUCUCAUAUGACCUGCUGAAAAGCCAACGUGCGGUGGAUCACAUUUCCUUUUGCUGGUACGUAAAUAAUUCUCAAAUAGCACUGGUACUUCUUGAAUCAGUUCCAUCGCAUGUGUGUUUUUUCUGCCAUCAGUUUGUAGAAGUGGAGGGUCAGAUCACCUCUCUGGUGGACCUGUACCCAUCCCUCCUAAGGAAGGGAUACCGGAGAGAAAUCUUCAUCGCUGUGAUCUGCGUCAUCAGUUACCUGCUGGGACUCACCAUGGUCACUAAAGGUGGCAUGUACGUCUUCCAGCUGUUUGACUUCUACGCCGCCAGCGGUGUGUGCCUUCUCUGGGUUGCAUUCUUUGAAUGUGUUGCAGUAGCCUGGGUUUACGGGGCUGAUAAUUUCUACGAUGCUAUAGAGGACAUGAUCGGCUACAGACCCAACAGCUGGAUGAAAUGGAGCUGGAUGCUGAUCACACCCGUGCUUUGUGUUGGUUGUUUUGUCUUUUCAUUGGUGAAAUACAAGCCGCUCACCUAUAACAAGUUUUACGAGUAUCCUGAUUGGUCCAUUGGAUUGGGUUGGGCUCUUGCGCUGACUUCUAUGAUUUGCAUCCCGAUGAUGGUCGUCAUCAAAAUCAUCCAAUCAGACGGCUCCCUGAUAGAGCGGAUCAAAGCCGUGGCGGCGCCGGUUAAAGGAGGUGCAAGCUCUCGUCCGAAGGAGUACAGCCAGAAGAACAGCGAGCUGCUUCACCCGCUGGACCCCAACGGCAUCCACACCUUCGCCAAACACAGCCACACCAUCAUAGAAACUACUAUGUGAGGCUCUCUAAGAGAGAUUCCCAUAUUCUCCCGCUCCUGUCCUCUAUAUGGGAGAUCCCGUUUUCCUGGUGUCCCACUCCCUUCCCCACCAUUCCACUCUCUCGCUCUGCACUAGUGCGUUUUUAUGAAAUGAUCUUAUAUCAAUAUAUCUUUUUUGCAUUGUAGGAUUUGUAUUCUGAUUAUAAUCAAUGGUAUUAGCAUUAAUGCUGAUAUUGUAAUAACCUGAUGUGAGCUUGCUGUCUGGGGCGGUUUGUUUAAUCUGUAGUGUUUCACAUUAAGCCACGUCCUAACCAGGAACGACAGGAUUUACUGCUCAUCUCAUUAUGAUUUCUUUCAUAUUUUGGAAUUUUGGUCCUACAGAGCCACAAUGAGACAUUUUGCUUUCUAUUUUGGUCCUGUCAAUCUGAAUAGCCCAGCCAACAACAAAAAUUGUCUUAAAUUUUUGUCUU